AGUGCAGCUUCUAGAAGAACUGUUUGUGCCUUCCUUCCCUUGGUCUUGACUUUGGCCUGCUGCCAGCCACGGUUAAAGACCAGGGUCUCUGGCCUUCCCAGACUGAGCAAGGGAGAGCGUUGAAUCCCCAGUGGUGUCAGUGGUUUGACCGGGGUUAGGAUGCCCAUUCUGGAACCGCCCAACAGAAGGAAGCAGACAGAAGCAGGGGUCGGCACGGCAGUGUUGACGCUCCCCGGGGCCCAAUCCCCCUUCUCCAGCGCAUCGGGGCAGGGCACAGGGGCCACCACUGAAUAAUAAUGCCACCCCCUCGGGAAAUGUCACCACCUUGCAAGGAGACAGGCCAGCGUGGUGUCUCGGUGGUCAGUGGCCGCCCACAGUGACCCACGCAGAGACGUUUGAACGGGUUUACGCUGGCCGGAGGGACUGCGCAGCCCCGGGCCCCACGGCAGGUGUGCCGGUGCACAGACUUCCAGAAGAUGGGGAGCGUCCUGCUCACUGCUCUUCUGACAUCGGUCUCAGUGCCUUGCGCCCAGGCUGUGUGGCUGGGAAGGCUGGACCCGAGGCAGCUUCUGGGGUCCUGGUACGUUCUUGCCGUGGCCUCCGGUGAGAAGGGCUUUGCGGUGGAGAAGGCCACGAAGAACAUCGAGGGUGUCGUGGUGACCCUUACUGCAGAAAACAGUCUGAAGAUGCUGUCCUCCAGGCACAGGCUGGAGAGGUGUGACGUGGGCACAGUGUUGCUGCGGAGACAGAACUCUGGAUGGGUGUUUGAGAACCCCUCCCUGGGCGUGUUAGACUACCGGGUACUGGGCACCAACUUCAGGGACUACGCCAUCGUCUUCACCCAGCUGGAGUUCAAGGACGAGGCCUUCAGCACCGUGGAGCUCUACAGCCGCACGGAGCUGGCCAGCCAGGAGGCUGUGCGCCUCCUCACCAGGUGGUGGUGGUUAGUUCUUCAAGGAGUCACCUGCUCCCUGGCCCAAGUCAGGCCGGCAGGGGAGGCCUCGUCUCGGUCACCUGUGCGCACAAGGCCUUCCAGAGGGAGGCUGAAGAUGGGACCGGGGAGGCUGGUGUCCACGCUGGUCCUGGCACUUGUGCUGGCCAUGGGGUCCCGGCCACAGGAACAGCUGCCCAGGGAGGCCCACAGCCUCAACUGGAACAAGCUUCUCUCCCGCCCGGUGAAGGGGGUGGAGGGUUUCCACGUGCUGUCCACCGACUACAGCUACGUCGUGGUCCACCUGCGCCUGGGCCCCGCCGGCCGGACCGCCAAGAUGCUACUGUUCUUAAGGGAGUGA